CCAGCAGCGCAGGCGCACAGCUCCCCUCGAUGGCCGGCGAUGAGGCCCCGACGACGGAGGCGGCGUGCCAGGACCUGGUCGAGAUCCUGGACGAGGGAUCAGGCCGGCUGGACAUGGGCCGGUACGUGGACCACGUCCACGACCUGUCGGCGGGCGCCAUCGCCACCUUUGAGGGCACCACGCGGGGCCACUUCGACGGGAGACGCGUGGUGGAGCUCCGCUACGAGGCGUACGGGUCCAUGGCGCGGCGCCAGCUCGAGGCCAUCCUCCGCGAGGCCCGCGCUGCCCACGCGCUGUGCCGGCUUGCCGUGGCGCACCGGCUCGAGACGGUCCCCGCCGGCGAGGCCAGCGUGUUCGUGGCGGCCGCUGAAUAUGGAUUUGGAUCAGAGAGGAGAUGGUUGGGGCUGGCGGCUCUAGUGCAUGGGGGAGAGGGACGAGAGGAUAGGGCUACGUGGGUAGGACUGAGAGGGGGUGGGAUUGAUGGCUGCCGUUGGAUCUCGGAGCAUCCAACGGUGUUUGCUGCAUGA